AAAAUGUCUACCAAAAUUUUCGUUCUUUUUGCUUUAAUGUGUUUUGUUCAAGUGAUGGCUGCACCUGAGCCCAUCAAUUGGCGAAAAGUGGGCCGAAGGAGCUGGAAGAUUACACGAGAAGCCCUUCCUGUAGUAAAAGACGGAGUCGAAAUUUACACUUUACUUAAUCAACAACAGCCUUAUUAUCCGUACCAACAACCUCCACCACCAUAUUAUUACGGAUAUCCGUAUCCGAAUCCACAGGGCUACCAAUAUGGGCCUCCCGUACACAACUAUGGAUACUGACCACUUUUAUUAACGUUGUCAACAAGAUAUGUUUAUAAAAAUUUGUCAUAAAGAGUUUAAAUAAAACAGUAAUGCACA